AUGAUAUUGAUUCUAUUAUGGUUAUCCUUUUCAACUGUUUAUUCUAUAGAUAAAUGUCUUGAAUUUAGAACUUAAUUGGAUUGCAUUUAGAGCACAGAUAGUCAGUGUAAUAUUUAUAAAAAACGAAUUAAUAGGUGUAUGGGAUUCUGAGUAUUGCCAAUACACAAAAAAUUUAGAACUUGGCUGUUCUAAUUUAUUGAAUAAAAUGGCAUGUAUAAAAUAAUUAGCUUAUUCAUCAGGAUAAAUAGCAAAAUGUAAUUAUUUUAAUAAAAAGUACAGGUAUUUUUAUAAAAGUGUGUUAACCAGUGUAUGAUUUAACUUAAUUGACAUGUACUGAUACAAUAACUAAACAUUCUUGUUUGAGUAUUCAGAAUAUCAAUUAACUUUGUUAUUGGGAUGAAAAGACUUAUACUUGUAAUGAAAUAAAAGAGUAAACAUAUUAGGAAGAUUUUGAGAAUGUUCUAUAUAGUGCUUCUGUUUGUGGAAGGAUUAAACGUAAAAAAUGUAACAUAUUUAGAUUAUUUGAUAAUACACAGUUCAUUGAUUUGGCCACUUAUUUCAUAUACUCCAGAUUUUUCUUCUGAGGCUUAAGAUAUUUAUAGGUAAGAUUUAGGUUUGGAGAAACAGAGUUCAAAUAAAGAAUAUGAUAGUGGAGUAUUAGCCAAUAAUAAACUUUAUAAUAGAUGUGAUGAUUCUAAUUAAGCCACUUAUUUUUAAUGGUAUCAUUUUAAUGAUGCAUAAUCAUAUGCUCUUAAUAAUUGUAAUAAGUUAAUAUAAAUAGUUUAGUAAAAAUAAGUGAUAGAAAGAGAGAAGGAUGUAUAGCAUUAUAGAUAGCAGAUGAUAAUGAUUAUUUGUAGAUAUUUUCAACAAAAAUAGAAACAAUUGGAAUUAAUCAUAUUUAUUGUAGAUAUCAAGGAGGAGUUUUUACUAAUUAUAAAUGCUUAUAUUUAAAUGAUAAAUUAGAAUUGAAAGACAAAAAUUUCUUAUUAGCCAAUAAGAUAUAUUGUGAUCAAUUAAAUUUGAAUUAAUGUCAAUAUAUUGAAUAAGAAUGUUAUCCAAUUUUAAUGGAUGGUAAUAAUGAAUAAGAAAUAACAUGUACAUUUUCAGAAUAAAAAUUACAGGAAGCUUAGGGUUGUUUAUCUUAAACAUAAUAAUAUAAAACUUAUAGGGAUUGUGCAUCAUUGACAGAUAUAAAUUAAGGGAGUUAUUUAGAUAUAUCUUAAGUACCUUCAAUAUGUACUUCAAGUUGUGUAAGUAAAGUAUAAGAUAAUUGUGAUACUAGUAUAUGUAAAUGGAUUGAUAGCCAAGAAGAUUUUUAUGGUUGUAUUCCAAAAUUUGGUUGUAAUCAACCAGGAGUAAAUCGUCAUUAUUGUAUUUAUAUGGCAUAACCUUGUUAAUGGGAUAUAGAUUUAAAUUAAUGCAAAUAAAUUUAGGAUUAUGAAUUAAGUAUUAUAGAAUGUAAUGAUGCCAUUUCAAAAUAUUUAUGUGGAAAUAUUCGAACAAUGGGUUAAGAAUGUAUAUGGAUUGAUGAAGAUGAAAAAUGCUUAAAUGUUAUGAGUGUUCCAGCAUUAAAGGUGUUUACAGCUUAUCCUUAGAAAUAUAUUGUAAAUAGAACUCUUUGUAUGAAUUAUAAGGGAAAACAUAUAUAUUAGAAUUUUAAAUGUCCAAUUUAUACAACAAGUGGUAGUUGUGCUACUGAAGAUCCUACUUAAUUUAAUAAGGAAAUGUGUUUAAAAACACCAAAAUGUCAUUGGGAUAUUAUGUAUUAAAGAUGUUCAUAAUAUUAAAUUAAAUCAAGUUGUGAGUAAAUGGUGAGUGUUUCAUCUGAUGCAUGUAGUUCAUUUUUAGAUUGUAUAUAUGAUUAAGCAAGUGAGAGUUGCAAAGCUUAAUCUUCAAAUAAAAAUUGCAAUACUCCUGGUUUAGCAAAACCAAAAUGUUUAGAAUUAGAGAAUUAUCCAUGUUAAUGGAUUGGAGGAUAAUGCAUUUAAGUUACUUAAUUUAGAGAAUUAUGUACAUCAUAUAGAAAUGUAAGUAAGUUAGUUUGUACUUCUUUGGAAACUCAAUUGUGUUAAUAUUCAAAUGGAAAUUGUUUUUUAGUUGAUGUAUAGCCAACUAAUUGUUCUGACACUUAUAAUCGUUAUGCUUGUUAAUACAGCACUGAUCAAUGUUACUUUUUUAAUAAUAAAUGUUAAAGCUUUACAAAUUAAUAAAUUUCUUGUGUAGGAUAUUAUGUUAGUAAGAAAGCUUGUUAAGCAAUUACAACACCAGGUUAGGAAUGUAUUUGGCAAUCAGAUUAAUGUAUUUAAAUUAAUAAACGUAUUAAUUGUUUGGCUUCGUCCUCUUUUGCUGUAAAUAAAUGGGCUUGUAUGGGAAUUGAAGCAGAAACUUCUGCUUAUUUGGAUGAUUAAUUUUAUUGCGAAUAUAAUGAAGUUACAAAGGAAUGUAAAUCUAAUAUUACAAACAUUAUUGAUGAUUGUGGUGAAAAUAUGAAUAUAAAUAGACAAAGAUGCAGUGGUUUUACACAUGGGAGGUUUUGUCUUUUUUAGGAUUAUAAAUGUAAUCAAGUAAAUUUGAAUCACAAAUAUUGGGAUGAUAAAUUAGACACUAUUAAAUGUGAAUAGGCUAAUAAAUCAUUAUGUAGAUUUGUUAGAAAUAGAGUAUGUUAAUGGGUUUGGCAAUUAUGGGCUGGUUAUUAUGAUUUUAGAUGUGCUGAAGUCAAAAUUUUUAAUAUUCAAUGUUCUCCUAAUUCUAAUCUUGAAACAUUAUCUUAUCAACCUCUAUCCUAUAAUCCUUAAUAAUGUUCUGUACUCAUACAUUAUGGUGUGAUUGAAAGAUGUAUACCUUCAACAGAUCCGGCUUAAUUAUAUAAUAAUUGUAUAGCUGAUAAUGCAACUCCAUAAAACUAUUAUCCUUGUGAUUAACUUGGAAUUAGUCCUUCAAUUUGUGUGACUACUACUUAUGGCAAAUGUGCUUAUAUUAAUGAUGUUUGUGUUUAAGCACCUGAAUAUUAAGCUACUUGUUCAACUUUGAAUAAAUAUGCUUGUUUGAGUUCAAGAUCUUUUUGUUCUUUAAUGGCUGGAUAUACAUUAAAUUUUGAUAUGGGAAGUCUCACAUCAAGUUAAUUGGUUGUUUAAGUAUGUGAUUAAUCAACAUCUAAUUAAUCAUGUGAAUCAUUUAAAUAUGAUAUUUAAUCAUGGACAUUUUGUAGUUCAUUAUAAAAAUGUUAUGGUAGAUAGAAAGCAUGUAAACAAUUAUUAGAUAAUGAGAUACCAAUUAUUAAAUGUGAUUCUCCAGGUGUUAGUUAAUAUGUUUGUUUGCGUUCUAAUAUGAUAUGUUAAUUCAGAAAUAAUCGUUGUUAAACUAUAUCAACAAAUAAAUGUGAAUUCGAAACAACUUUAGAAGAUUGUGUUUAAAAUUUGUAUUAUAAUUGUGUCUAUUCUGAUAAUAAAUGUUAUACUCAAAAUUUAAUAACUAAAUGUGAUAAAUAUAAUUAUACAAAUAAGAAAUUCUGUAGACAAUAUCCAAAUUGUAGAUAUAAUCCAUUAACUUUUAAAUGUGUUGAUUUUACAAUAUUGAUGGAUGUUUAAAAUAAUAUAGUAAAUUAUACAAUAGAUUGUUCAACAUAUAAAAAUCAAUUUGAUUGUUUAAAUUAAUGGAAAGUUUAAUGUUAAUAUUAAAAUAAUAUUUGUAGUAUUCCAUCUACUACACCUUCUAGUUGUCCACAUUUACAAUAAUAUAGUAAAUUAACAUGUUAAAAAUUUGAAAAUUGUGAUUUCAAAUUUGGUUAUUAUUGUUAUAAUAAAACCUUAACUAUAGAUUGUUCAUAAUUAUCAGAGACUCUAUGUGUCUAAGAUAUAGAUUAAAACCUAGAAUGUUUUUGGGAUGGAACAACAUGUUAAGUAAUUACUACUUAAAUUUGUAGUGAUAUUUAAAAUAAAAAAAUAAGUUACUUUGGAUGUUAAAAAGUAAAUUAGAAUGAUAAUUCUAAAUGUUUUUAUUCUGAUGAAUAAAAGUUAUGUAAAUUAGUAAAUGAAAUUAAUUAAUGUUCUGAUUUUAAUACAAAUAUUGAAUGUGCAUUAAGAGCAUAAACACCAUGUAUUGUAGUAAGUCCAAAUACAGAUAGUUCUAGUUGUACAACAACAUCAUUAACAUACAAUAUAAAUAUGAAUCAAUAUGGAUGUACAUAAUUAGUUGGAAAUGUUUAUAUAUAUGAUAUGUAUGAAUAUUAAUGUAAAUUAUUGAUUGGCAAAGAAAUAAUUGGAUGUGAAAAUUUAAAUAUUGAUGCAUGUAUUAAAAGUACAAGUAGUUAUUUAACAAUUAUGUGUGCAUGGAUUAAUUAAAGAUGUUAAUAAAUAAAUGAUUUUUCAAAUGUAAAUGAUUGUACUAAAUUAAAUAAAUAUGCUUGUAUGAAAAUUGAAAAGAAUGAUUUAAUUUGUAAAUGGGAUGAUACUAAUUAUUGUCUAUCUUCAACUGAGAGUUCUGCUUGUUAAUUAUUAUCUCCAACAAUACCAAUACCAAUACCAAAUGCUAUUUUUGGAAAGGCAGAUCAUCCACCAAGACCUUAUGUUAAAGCAUCAGCUCCAUAUAACUCUCUUAGUUUAUGUAGUAAAGGUGAAAGUAGUAAGGCUUGUAUGGCAAAAGUAGGAUAAUAAGGUUGUGUUGAAUUUAAUUAUACAAUAGAGAUAUGUUCAGGUUUAGGUUUAAAUAAGAAAGCAUGUAUAGAAUAGACAACAGGAUAUUGUAUUUGGUAGAAUAAUUAAUGUUAAAAUGCAUCAUUAGAUAAUUAGAAUUGUAAUGCAGAAGUUAACAAGAAAACAUGUUUAGCUAUGAAUGAUGAAAUGUGUAAAUGGAAUGAUACUACUCAUCUAUGUUCAAAUCUAACAUUACUUUAAUGUUCAGAUGCAACAUCUUAUAAUUAAUGUAUGAAUGUACCAAAUAAGGAAUGUUAAUUUAUCAAUACAUGUCAAGAAUUAGCUAUACUCCCUUUGGUUUGUAAAAAAGGAUAUAACAAAGUGGCAUGUAGAAAUGUUAAAAAUUAAGUUUGUUAAUUUUCUAAUAAUGAAUGUUCUCUUAUUGGAGAAUUUGAUUUUUGGUAGAUAUGUCCAUAAUAUAAGACAUCAUCUUCUUGUCCAACCGGAACUUGUUAAUGGUAGAAUUCAAAAUGCAUUAUAAAUACAGAAUGUUUAAGUAUAAAGUAAUAAUUAACAACUCCUCUUGAUGAAAUUCCAUAUAUGUUAGAUGUAUGUCCAAGAAUUAAAUUAUUUGCUUGUAUUUAAAUUUACAAUAAAAUUGGUUGUAUGACAAGUAGUCUAUAUUGUAAAUGGGAUGAUAUUAAUGGUUGUUCUUCUUUUGUUACAUAUUUAAACACAAUUACUUGUGAUGAAACUAUUAAAUAUAAUAAAAAAGUUUGUGAUAAAUAUGCUCCUAAAUUCUGUGAAUUCAAAGAAGAUUCUUGUUCACCAAAAAUAUCUGAUUAUUAUUUUAAUAAUAUACCUACUUAAACCUUAGCAAGUUCUGAAAUUAAUCAAGAUAUUGAAACAGAAACAUGUGAUUAUUAUUUAACAAGAGAAACUUGUAUACAUUCUACUAAAUUUGCAUGUAAAUGGAUUGGAUUUUGUGAAUCCAUUAAUAAUAAUGAUAUUAAUAUAAUAUAUUCUGAUCUCAAUUUAAAAGCAUGUAUCAAAUUUAAUUAAUAAUGGAGAUAAAGAUAAUGUAUAUAAACUAACUUUUUAUUCAUACCAAAUGAAGUUAUUGAUCAUAAUGUAUAAGUUUGUGAUACUCCAUUUAUAUCCAAAUCUACUUGUUUGAAUAUUAGUGCUUAACCUUGUACAUUUAAUCAAAACAAUAAUAAAUGUGAGAAAACAAAUAAUCUAUCUAAUAAUUGUUCAUAUUAUGUAAAUGUUAAUUAAAAGACAUGUUAAUUAUUAAAAAAUUCUGCUUGUCAAUAUAAUUAAUUGGCAUAUGCAUGUGUUAGUGUAAAUACAAAUUAAAUACCAUCAAAUUUAGAUGGAGUAUCCUUUAAAGCUUGUAUCUCUUUAUCUAUACCAGUAUAUUGGAAUAAUGGAUGUAAAUAAGCAAAUAUAUUUUAAUGUGAUUCUGUUUAUCCAAGUUCACCUUCAGCUUGUGCAUUAGCAUUAGGUCUUUGCAUAUAUGAUUAAUCUAAAUCAUUAUGUGUAUCUACAUUUAAUAUUAAUUCAAUAUACUGUGACACUCCAGGAAUCAGUUAAGAACUCUGUACUUAAAUCAUUAGAUAACCAUGUAUUUUUAAAUCAAAUCAAUGUUAAUUAAUUCCAAAAACAUAUUCAUGUAGUUAAGCUAAACUUGUUAAUCAAUAAGCAUGUGCAUCUUUAAAUUAAUCUUGUGUCUAUGAUUCCUUAAAUAAAUCCUGUAAAGCUGUUAUUUAACCUUAAAAAUGUUCCUCUUUAGGAUUAUCUAAAAAUGCUUGUCUAUUAAAUCCAUCAUGUGCUUUCAAUUAUGACUAUACUUAAUGUUAAUGUUCAUACAUUAUAUCACCAUAAAUUUGUCACAAUCUUAAUAGUACCAAUUGUUCUCAGAAUUCCUAAUGUUUCUAUGAUACAUUACUUUAAGUAUGCAGACGUAAAUAUUGUGAAGAUCUAUCAUAACAAUAAUGUGUAGGAUCAUUAGAAGGAAAAUAAUGUUAUCUUAGCUAAGGAAUAAAUUGUUAAUCUGCUAGCAAAUGUGAAGAUAUCAUAAAUGUUGAUGAAUCUUAUUGUGAAGAUAUGUUCUUUGAUGGAUUUCCUUGUUUAGGUGCAAAUAAAAGAUGUUUUAGCUAAAAUAAUUUCUAAGAUUACUGUCCCAAUUCUGAUUGUACUAAUAAUAGUUGCAAAUAUAAUUAAUAAAAUAUCUGUCAAGCUUUGACUUGUUCUGAGCUUGAUGAUUGUACAAAAUUAGGUAAUUAUUGUCUGAAAUUAUCUAAUGGUUAAUGUAUUGAAAACAAUAGUUGUCAAAGUCUAGAAUCAGAUAUGUGUAAUGGGGCUACUGUUAGAACUUAAGCAUCAUGUUUAUUACAAAAAUAUAAUCUCUAUUUAGAAGAUGUCAUUUGUACAUCAUAAGUUUGUGAAUUGUAUGGUAUUUCUGAUUUAUGUAAUGGAAAUGAAUAUAAUGGAUAUACAUGUUUAUUAGUAGAUUAAAAAUGUAUUCCUUGUGAAUAAAUACUUGAUGUUUGUACUUGUAUGGAAGCAACAGGAAUAUGUUUAUGGAAAAAUAAUUAAUGUCAUUCUGUUUAAUGUAAUGAACUGUUAAAUGCACCUUCAUGCAAUUCUUUAUCACGAUGUUCUUGGAGUAAUCUAAAUAAUGCAUGCAUGAUUCAUUGUAAUAAAGUCAUAAACUCAGAUGAAUGUGAUUCUAGAACUGGAGAAUGUUAUUUUGAUUAUGCCAUCAAUUUCUGUUCUGCUGGAGUUUACUAAUCACCCAAUUUAUCUAUUCAAAUAGACAUUUCAUCCAUCUAUUCAAUAUAUCUGACAUUGUCCAUCAUCACUUAUAUCUUGAUUUUAUGA